AUGCAUAUGAAAUCACUAGACCGCGAGGUUAACACUUUGCUAGACUGUGAUCACCCCAAUGUUAUUAAAAUAUAUGGCAUAAUUCAAAGAGAAGCAGGUGUUAUUGAUGUUCUAUUAGAAUCAUGGGGCGAAUCACUGAAAGCAUAUUUGAAGAGAUUUCCGCGAAAGAUUUAUCCCAAAACAAUUACAAUACGUUCAUGGUUCUAUCAAAUACUAUCUGGUUUGGACUAUUUGCAUCAUUGCAAACAAUUAGUCCACUGUGACAUUCAUCCUGGAAAUGUUCUUAUAUGGAAAGACGUUAUUAAAGUAUGCGAUUUUGGAUCAAUAAAGAAAAUAGGAGAGCGACACGGAACACAAUCACAUGGAAUAAGCCCUAUGUAUUUCCCACCAACUGUUCUAAGACAUUAUUUAGAGAAAGAAAUUAAACAGUAUGAUUAUCAGGUUUCCUUAAGACUUGACACGUUUGCAGUUGGAAAAUUGCUCCUAGAAUUAAUGAGAGGAGGAAAAAUUAUAGAAAUAGAAGAGAUGCGUCCUUACAUUUAUGAUAAGAACAAGUGGGAUGCAGCUGUAAAAGUUUCUAUUCCCGAAGGUACGCCUUUUGAAAUUAAGCAAGUAAUUAUCGGGCUAAUGGGCUUUACAACAAAGGACAGCAUGUGCACGAUCGAAGACGUACAAAUCCUGUUAAAAUGA